GACAGUGUAGGUGGCUGCGCACUCACAGCCACCUUCCACUUUGCAGUCGAUCCGCUUCGACGGGCCCAACCACUUGGUGCUACGUUACUCACACACACAUUUUCACUUAAAAACAGCACUUUACACAUUCAAACAUUUAAUUCCUAAUAUAUACUAACUACUCUGCGUUUACGCGUCGUCGUUUAGUUUACGUAAAAAAUUGUUCGUAGUUUCUAAGUCGCGAGACGUCACCCUGCUGCUCUGAAAACAUGGGUACUUCAACAUAUACAAAAACAUGAGCAAUGGAGGUGAUCCGGUACCGGUUCCUACAGGACCCCAAACAUCGACGUAGAAGUCGAGUAGGUGACUAGUGAAAAGGAUGCCCAAGGGCCCCAAUAUGGGCACCGACAGCAAUGGCACAGGCAGCAGUGGCGACAACAGGAUCAAACACAAUCCCGAUGCGGAUAACCUCAAAUCUCUAUUGAAGAAGUCGUCCAGAAAAGACCGCAGCAAACAUCAAAACCGCGUGGUGUUCAACGAGACGAAGAACGAAUUCUUCGACGCCGACUACAUCAUCCUGAUCAGAGAGGAGUGCUGUUCGGGAGGUGGUGAUUACGAUGAUGAUGAUGACGACGACGAAGACGGCGGCGUCUGCACGUGCUACCAGCACGAAAUGGUGCGGCUACAGACCACGCCGUGCUGCGAGCCGGACUGUGAAUGCUACCUGGAGGAGGGGACGGAACAGAGCCAAAGAGACCAGCAGAGGAGUCCAAAGUUCGCGCCGCCCAUGGAGUUUGUCGAUUCGAAAUUGAAGCAACUGUAA